GUAGCUACUCCGUAGGCAAUUUAUUUUAUACAGGAGCAACAUGACUUAACGUCAGCCACUUUUACGCUGGGCUAUUUAAAGGUUCUUUAUAACCCUAAAAAGUUUCAAGCUUCCCUCCCAAAUCUCUCAUUAUAUAUCCCCCAAUAUCACUUAACAUUCACAUCAUUAUGACAACCGCCCUGAUCUUUGGUUCCACCGGCGCAGUGGGCUCCCAAAUCCUCGCUACCCUCCUCUCCUCUGCUACUUGCACGUCCGUCACAACUAUCUCCCGUCGCGCUCCGCCAACACAAGACCCCAAACUUCAAUCCAUCAUCGAAACCGACACCACAGAAUGGGGUCCUUUAAUCGCCACGCUCCCUUUGGUCCCCUCAGUGGUCUUCAACGCCGUCGGCACCACGAUCGGCAGCGCAGGCUCUGUCGCUGCGCAAUGGGCAAUUGACCACGAUUUAUGUGUAGAAAAUGCAAAAGCGGCAAAAGCAGCAGCUGUUAAGACGUAUGUCUACUGUUCAAGCGCAGGGACAAGCGGGGCGCUGAGCCCAUUUGCCCUGGCUCCUUAUGCCAAAAUGAAGAGGGGUGUCGAGAAACAUAUUAAAGAAUUGGACUUUGAGAAUGCCAUAAUUUUGAGACCAGGGAUGAUUCUGGGAAGAGAAAACCCAAAGAAUAGGUGGCUGGAGGAUAUCUUUCAUGGGAUGAAGAAACUUGGACAAGGAUUCCAGGACAAGUGGGCACAAGACCAAACGAUUAUCGGGAGAGCUGCAGUGGCUGCUGUGAGGAUGGUGGAAGAGGGGAAAGCUCCUGCGAAGUUUUGGGUGUUAGAACAAUCGGAUAUUGUAAGGCUGGGUAGAGACGAGUGGAAAGAGUGAGGUGAAUGUCAUUCUUGAAAUUGGCUUUGCCAAAAGUGAUCGGUGCAGUAUUUGAUGUAAACACGCGCUGGAUUUGAUUCGGGUCAUGGGCCGAAUGGGGGUCUUGUUCUCGGU